UGCUUAUUGCAGCAGGACUGGUGGGCUGCCGCUACCACCCGUAGCCUGUCAACCAGUAAGAUUUCUGAAUCAAAAACCACCCUCACUGCCUGCGAAAGAGAAAGCGGGAGACCGAACACGAUGCGAGAAGAUGCGAAUUAUUGUAGAGAGAGUGAAACAUUUGGGUUUUGAUCUGUGCCCUAUGAUGAAUUUUUCCUGAGAACUGAUAGGCCUAACGGGUUUCAUAACUGAAUCGGAAGAUGACAAUUCACAAAACUGCAUUGUGUGUUAAUGCUUAAAUCGACCUCGAUGCAGGCUGCUGCGAGUGGUCCACGCUCCUGCAUCGAUGAAGCGCUUGCAACGACUGAAAGCAGACGUAAUUAAUUGCAUGGUCAUUAUAUAAUAUCGAAAAUAGUGCGUUCUUCUACAUUUUGGGCUUGACGAGUUGCCGUUGAAAUGGGAGACAACAUGUCAAAAAGAUUAAAAUUGGUCUCGGCUACGGAAGCGGAGAUGGAGGAAAGAUCUUUUAUCAACCCAUACCCUGACUGGGACCAAGGUGUCUUCACGUCUUCCAAUUCAGGAAAGGAGAGUGACUGCAACGAGCCGUUCGACGAAAAUGGAAAGAUCAGCGAUGGAUUCCAGAAGAAGGUGCAGAACAAGAUCAAGGACCUGCUCCAGCAGAUGGAGGAAGGCCUGAAGACGGCCGACCCCCACGACUUCUCCACCUACACAGGCUGGACAGGUAUCGCCCUGCUCUACCUCCAGUUGCACCGGGUCACCCACGAGGCCUCCCACCUCCAGAGGGCGCUGGACUACGUGAAGAGGACCUUAAGGAUCCUGAACGGCCGCAAGAUCACCUUCCUGUGUGGGGACGGAGGGCCUCUGGCCGUUGCCGCUGUGGUUCACCACCGACUCCACAACAAGACGGAGAGUCAGGAGUGCCUGACAAAGUUGCUCCAACUUCAGCGUGGGGCGGUGUCUGUGGACUGUGAUCUGCCUGAUGAGCUGCUGUAUGGGCGGGCUGGCUAUCUCUACGCCCUGCUGUAUGUCAACAAGGAAAUAGGACCUGACACCGUGGACGACACCACCAUCGCCAGGGUCGUAACGGCUAUCUUGGAGUCUGGGAAGAACUUGGCCAAAGAAGAAAAGAAAGCUGAAAAGUGCCCACUGCUCUAUGAGUGGCAUAAGAAGCAGUAUGUUGGCGCUGCCCAUGGCCUGGCUGGCAUCUACUACAUGUUAAUGCAGCCUAGUGCCAAGGUGAACCCAGAGGUCCUUUCCGAGUUGGUGCGGCCCAGCGUCGACUACGUCCGCCAUAAAAAGUUCAGAUCGGGGAACUAUCCGUCGUCGCUAAGCAACGAGACGGACCGCCUGGUGCACUGGUGCCACGGGGCGCCCGGGGUCGUGCACAUGCUGAUCAUGGCACACAAGGUGUUUAAGGAAGAGAAGUACCUGAAGGAUGCGGUUGAAUGUGGGGAGGUGAUCUGGCAGAGAGGCCUGCUUAGGAAAGGUUACGGUAUCUGUCACGGCACGGCGGGAAAUGCAUACUCCUUCCUUAGCCUGUACCAGCUGACCCAGGAGAGGAAGUACCUUUACCGCGCAUGCAAGUUUGCUGAGUGGUGUUUGGACUAUGGAACACAUGGCUGCAGAAUUCCAGACAGACCAUAUUCUCUGUUUGAAGGUAUGGCUGGGGCAAUCCACUACCUGUCAGAACUGACUCAGCCAGAGACUUCCUGCUUCCCGGCAUUUGAACUUUGAACUGCGACCUCGUCCCCCUCCCAAUCUGAACAUUGUGGAACGUUGGGAGAUGUGCAGGGCUGUUGGAUGAUGGUUUGGACUUUGAAUCCGCAGCACAUGAACAGGAUGUUUUCCUUUUCCGCUGUCGUUCAGAAACAGAUGAAGAGUGGGGGAAAAAAAGAUGCCCUCAGCCUUUAACUCUGUAAACGCUUUAUCUGUCUCCGCGAGUGAAUGUUAGCCUGAAUUCUGUGCUACAAUGUUGGGUUCUGUUCUGAGUGGAAAGCAAACACUGUUUUGUUGAUUUGUGGGUCUUUGCCCCUGCAUGCCUGUCCAGUUUAUCCUCAACUUCCUUCCUUUGUGAUUCUUACGCCCCCCCCCCCAGCCCCCCCGAUACUCUGUCGUUGUUGUCUUUGCAUGGGGAUGCAAAAGUGUGUGGGCUUGGAAUGUGCCCGCUAGUGCAUUUCCAUCAUUGUCUGUAACAGUAAAGUGGUGUGGUUGUUCUCAUUGUAAUGUCUGUGUUUGGUUCGUUUUGUUUCACUGUGGUCAAGAGUUGUUUGUGUGUUAAAUACCGCAUUGACCUUUUACGGUGCAUAUUGCUUCCUCUUCAGGCAGUGUAACGUGAUUGAUGUUGUACAAUGAACUGGGUUUCAGCCCUGACUGACUGACUACAAUACAAUGUCUUAAACUGCAUUCUCACCUGGACUGAUUGCUUCAAAAUCCAAAGCAAUUUCGAGCACGGUUGGCUUCAGUGGGGAACCGUUGGUUGAUCAUUUUUAAAAUGGGAGCAUCUUCAAAUUCUUAUUGGGGUGCAUCUCAACAAUCGUAAAUCUCCAUACUCAGGCUCUGAUUCUUUUAAAACAGACAAUAUUUUCCCUGUACUAACAUGGGUGUAAUUCUGCAUACCUGUUAGUGGGGUCACACUGAUUGUAAUUUGUAUACAGUACCCCAUCCCUGGACCAGUCUUGUAGGAAAUGUAACCAUUGGGGAAAACAAUACUGUGUAAAUAUUGCAAAUGGGGCUCAGAACUUCUUGAUACUGUACAAAUCUAACUUUCUGGGACCGUUAUGUUGCUCAUAUUAUUUUUUAUGCGGUAUUAUGUACAGGCAGCCAAACAGGAUGACCAGAGGUGCAGUGCUCAUCGACACACAUGAAGAUUUUAUGAGGUGAUGUACUAUUCUAUGAUAUCCAGACACACUCCAAUACUGGUCAGGAGAAAAACACUUAAUCCAAUAUGAAUGUCCAGGCUCCUCCAGGUGUUUUUGAAAAUAUGAAAGGAUUCAUAUUUCAAUACAGUAAGCAUAUUUUUUUUUUUAUAUGGAGCAUAUUUUAAAUGUUUUAUAUUUUCAAUUUAGCAUAUUCGCUGUGUGUGUGUCGACAUUCUGAAAAUGUUCUAUGAGUUGUCAUGAUGGAUGUGGCUGAUUCACAAAUGUAUUUAUGUAAUUGUUAUUUACACUUACAUGUAUUCAGAGGCCCAGUGAAUAAAAAGUAGCUUGAUCAAAUUCAAUUUUUACAAGGUAAAAAAAACUAAACAUUUGUUCUGUCCCUGAGUUAACAGCUAUUGCUCACAGGUUGCUGCAGGAAAUAUGUUCUUAGCUAUAAUUACCUGGUAAAAUAAUCAGUGAAUGAUGGUCUAUAUCAAUUACCAAUCCAUUUCUCCAUGGACUGCAUGUACAGUUGACACCUUAGUCCCAGUAACUCAGCACCAGAAUGCCUGAUCCUCAUGGUUAAGUCCAUAGAGUUCUGACAUGUCCCUUGGAGUGGUUAAACGGAAUCUACUUUUGAGAAAAACGAAAUCCAUAAAUUUGACAGAGUUUUGGUGUGUAGACAGGGUUUUAAGCAUAUGAAAUGCUUCUACUCCUACAUAAUGACAAUGUAGUCAAUAAGCUUGCCUUUAUUAAGCUUCUUAACAAAUUAGAGGUAAUUUGCCACACUGCUAUCCACUUUACAUACGCCACCUUGAUCACUAACCACCCUGAGCCCCUUCAUCAAUGACAUUAACACUAGUUAACUGGAUGUCCCUACAUGCACAACGCCAAACUCAACUUAUUUACUCACCAAAUUUAGCAACUUAUUUACAAGUGCCUUGUAAAUGCCCCAUCUACCAGUUGUUCUCAACAUCUGCAGUUCUGACAGUGAACCUCACUCCAGUAGAUUAUUCACUCUGACGCCGAAAGCCUUCACUUUCUUUGGGUGUCAUUCAUUUCAUGACUGAAACUGAGCAAUUCUUUAAGCUUGACCCUUUCGUGACAACUCCCUCCUUUAAAUGUAUAAUAAAUAAGCUGCUCUCCAGUAAGUACAUCUGCUGAAUCCCACGAACCGGUCUGUAUGUGUCUAGCUGUUGCUGUUAUGUCUCUUUUUAGUGUUUGUUGAAUAGCAUCUUUUUUUAAUUUAUUUUUUACAUUGUUGUUCCAUGUAUUCUCUUGCAAGUGAAUGCCUUUGACCAGGUUGCCAUUGAAAAUGUAAAUUGGUUGUCAAUAAACACCUGGUUAAUUAACAGUUCAAUAAAA